AUGGAAGUCAUUGCUGCAGGGAUAUCUUGUGUAAAACGAUUUAAGGAACCAAAGGAAGAGAGGCGGCCCUGGAGGAUAUGGUUUUACGAUACCUCCAAGCAAGCAAUAGGUGCCCUUUUCAUCCACUUUGCCAAUGUUUUUCUGUCGGAUCUCACUGAAGAGGACCCUUGCUCUCUCUACCUUAUUAAUUUCCUCCUUGAUGCCACGCUGGGAAUGCUGCUGAUCUGGCUUGGUGUGAAAGUUGUCUCCUGGGUCGUGCAGCGUCAGAAGUACACGUACCUGGUCUUCGGAGAAUACGGUGACCCUCCACAAGCUGCUGCCUGGAUUGGCCAGUGUAUCCUCUACUUGCUGAUAAUGGUUUUUGAGAAGACUGUGAUUAGCCUCGUCCUGCUUAUCCCUGGCUGGACGAAGCUUCAGCAGAUCCUCCUGGGUUACAUCCCAAACCCCCAGCUGGAGCUCGUCCUGGUCAUGCUUGUUGUGCCUUUUAUUGUCAAUGCCAUUAUGUUCUGGGUUGUGGACAGCUUGAUCAUGAGGAAAUAUAAGCAGAAGGACACCCUGGACAUCAAUGGAUCCAUAGAAACUCCUCGGGCGAGGGGGACUGAGGAAUCUCAGAUGAUGUGGCUGGAGGAUGCCCCACGAGUGGCUCCGUCUGCAUCGCUCCAGGCUGGUGGCCCAGUUAGCUCAAAACAGCCUGUUGGUAGCUUCAAGUCUGAAGUUAGCUAUGAGAGCGUAGGUGUUCCUGGAGGCAACGUGCAGCCUUUUGAUCAUGCAGCAAAGCUGUGGGCUUUCUUACCUGUGGAGGUACCGGUGUUACUCUCUCCAGACAUGGAUUUUGAUCAGUCUGAAAGUGACCAGGAUGUUUCGGGACUCCAGGGAAUGAACCACAAGAUGAAGCAGCCCAGCUAUCAAGUGGUCAUCUGA